UGUUCACCAAACAAGCUGCAUGCAAGGAAGGGCAGCAAGCAGCCUCAACCGCAAGAUCUACUCUACAAGUUUCUCCAAACACAACAAUGGUCGCAGAUGGAGGGAAUGUCCACGGUCUAACGUUGUACCCCCCCACUGAUGAGACACCCUCCCCACCCGACCCCAGACCCUCCUCUGUACUGUCUCGGGCUGGCCCUGAAGAGAGGCGUUCCCUGCAUCGGCCUCCACAUGUUGAGGACUGAGGACUUGGACAAGCUUCUUUCUACACGGCUGGUGUGAUUUGGCUCCAGGGUGGUUUUUGUCUGUUUUCAUCUCGGCAUCAAAGUAAGAGUCGGGUGUGAAAGUUUGUGUGAAGUGUGCAUGCGGAAAGUUGCCCUCCAUGCGAUUGAAGCCUCGUGUAGAAAUGUUUGCGCAUCCCGCCGUCUGGUUUCAUCUCCUGGCACUCCUCCACCCUCUGGUCGGGGCCUCCAUGGACUCCUGCUACGACGCGGAGGGCGCCCCCGGCCGCUGCAUGCCCAGGUUUGAGAACGUGGCCUUCAAUCGCAGCGUGGAGGCGUCCAACGUGUGCGGCUCGCCGCCCGAGGAGUACUGCAUGCAGACGGCGUCCGAUCGUUCGUGCCACACCUGCGACUCGUCGGACCCGAACCUGAGCCACGGCGCCGCCUUGCUGACGGACUUCCACAGAAACGACGAGUCGACGUGGUGGCAGAGCCAGUCCAUGCACUUCGCAGUCCAGUAUCCGAACUCUGUCAACCUCACACUUCGCCUGGGUAAGAGAACCGCAACACAACCUGAUUUCAAUGUUUUGCUUUUUGGCAACCUGUUCCGUAAAACCGUUCAACCUCAAAAAUUAUGA